AUGUCAUUCAAACUCUUCAAUUUAGACGAACAAUAUUUUCGGCAUCCUGAAGUUCGGCGAGAAGAAGUCCUCAAACUACUCGCCGAACUGGCUGGUCACUGGUCACUGGCUCAGAAACAUUUACCCACCAUUACCGAACAUGAGGCAUUACUUUUCUACUUUGCCUGUAAAUGUAGCAUGGAAAAUGCCAAAAUGGUAUUGGAUUUAAAUUUCACAUGUCGCACCCACUUCGAAGAGUUUUUCGGAAAUGUGGAUGUUGCCACGCCGGAAAUGGAACUUGUCAGGGAGACGGUAGCUGGUUUCCCAUUGCAGCAACAAACUCCGGAAGGUUACACGGUGGUCGUUAUCAAUAUUUUGGAUCCUGAUGUGUCAAAAUUUAAUUUCAUUAAUUCCAUUAAAUUAUAUUCCAUUGGCCAAGACAAAUGGAUGUUGGAAAAGGGUGUUAUGUCGGGACUUAUUUUUGUUUUGGACAUGUCCAACCUAACUUUUGGUCACAUUACAAGGAUUGGUAUAUCCGCAUUGAAGAAGGUUAUGUACUAUCUGCAAGAAGCAAUACCAGGUCGUCUGGUUGGUCUACACUUCAUAAAUACCAGUAAAAUAAUUGACAAAUUAAUGGCCAUACUAAAUCCUCUGAUGAAAAAGGAACUCAUGGAAAUGAUACAUGUCCACAGCAGCAUGGAUAGUUUUUAUAAAUUUGUACCGAGGGAAAUAUUGCCCAGAGAAUAUGGUGGUUCUAGUGGGACAAUAAGGGAAUUAUAUGACAUAUAUUUUGAAUUUUUGCUGGAAAGCCGCCAAGAAAUCAUCGAUUAUAACAACAAUCAUCGUGUCAAUGAGAAAUUACGUCCCGCUAAGAGCAAACCUAAUUCGGAACUUUUUGGUACCGAGGGUAAUUUUAAGAAAUUGGAUAUUGAUUAA